AUGGUAAAAGGAGGAAGAAACAACGAUAACCAUUAUAUAAAUACCCCUCGUUUUGAUAAAAUUCACCAAAAUCUGGUAAUAAUGUAGGCUAAUUAAUCAAAAACACGGAGGGGCAAUCCCGUCCAGUGAAAAAGUAACCCAAAUUUCAUGGGACACCAAACAAAUCGUUUUGCUUUAUAUUAUAGAUAAUCGAGCGCAUCCUUGAAACCCAUCUCUCUCUCUCCCUUUGAUCUCUCAAAUGAAACCGAUCCGAUACCACUUUUUCCUUGGGAAAGAUUGCAACAUUAUUGGGAAUCCAUGAAAAGCUUAAUAGUCAAACUUUACGAUCUUGACCGACUACUGCUACUUAAGUGGAUUGAAUGAACGAGAUCAGAGAUGCAAAAUAGAAAAGCAGUUUGAAACCGUUAGAUCUAAAAGAUAUUCACGGAUACGAAACUAUGGAACACCCACCCAGGGUCGGAGAUUCGACUAGCCAUUUCAAAUUUUUGUUUUGUUACCGUGAAUAAAACAAAUUUAAACCCUGAUUUCAUAUUUUUGUUCUUCUGAUUCAAUUGUACGCAUAAGCUGCUUACUCUUCCCUGAAGAUCUUUCCAGAAAAUGAUGGAAACUUCCGAACAGAAGCGAUUGAGAUUUCAAAAUGAGGUUAUGAAGUGGUUGAAUGAACUAUCAGGUAAUCUACAAAAGAGAGCCAGUGAUGUUACACAUGAAAUAGAUGAAUUAUUAGGUCAGACUGAUACUGUUGAACAAGAUAUGAAGAAUACACUAAAUUCUUUCAGAAAUCUUACUUGUAUCGGUUUCGUGGAUAAUAAAAUAUCCGAAGAAGAUGACAACGCUGACCAUUCAAAUGAAAGAACUAGAAGAACCGGUGAUACAAGUAUUCGUGCUCAAAGCUAUGAUGAAGAUAUAUUGCCGAGAUAUAGAGAGGCUUUAUCUGUUGGUUUGAGUUCCUAUCGCGAUCACAUGCAGAAAACAAACAGAACCUCACCAUCAGGCUCUGUCUUCAAAAGUGGGUUAGCAUCCAAUUGUCUCCCACAUAUAAUUGGUUCAGCUGAAUAUAUACAUGACAACAGUUGUGGUUUAACAGAUGACUUCUCAUCGGAGAGUUCAUAUCUUGAUUUCAGCCACUUGCUAGAACCGAAACAAGCCUCUUUUAGUACCAUAAAAUUUGGUUCAGAAUCUUCAGAUGCUAUAUUCAGUGAUGUAUUUGGGGCACCACAAGGCCAAACUGAAAAGGAUAGAAGUGACCCACUCGUUUCUGCUGCUUUAGAUUUUAAAGCAAUGCUUGAAGCUGCACUUCUCAGUCCCUAUAAAUUCUACGAUGAGGGAAGCUCAUCAUUGUCAGACCCGGUCCACAGUUUUGAUACCAAUACAGAGCAAAGGCAUUCACGUCUGGAAAAUUUGCUGUCUACCUCAUCUGAUGCUGUUGAAGAUCAUAAUUCUCAAAACCCUUCUGGAACUAUGGAUACAGAUACCACUCUGCCUGUGACCCCUAGAAACCUCUACUCAGAAACACAAUGGAUUGGUUCUGAAUUAAUAUCUGAGAGUCUUUUCUCUGCGGAAGAAGAGUCGAUGCUUGUAACCAGCCACGAUACACAUGACGACCUGUCAACCAAAAACAUGUCUAGCCGUGUAGAUAAUGAGAUUUCAGCAGAUAGCAAGAAGGACGACACCAUCCGUAAUUCCAAAACGGAAGAUGAAUAUGUCGAUGCCAUUGAAGAUGACAAUGUGCCUCGUGCAGCAAUUGUACAAGAAAUAUCGACAACCUCAUUAUCUUCACCAGAGGAUGUCGUCAAUGUUGAAUAGGCUAGCUGGAGAUAAGUGAACUGACAUGUUGAUGCACUGUGCUGGUUAGAAUGUAAUGGAGGUGGGAAGCCAGGUGGGGCUCGCCAGCACCCCAAUUGUUGCAAGGCUGAAAUUGUUGUGAAGAACUUUAUCUGAUCUAGUCAUGAGCUUGAUAUAGUUAUGGACCUCAUCUUUAGGGUUGUAUGUAUAGUGUUGUAGUUUCAUUUUGUUAGACAUUUGGGAAUAUUGGUUUCAAACUUUCAAUUUUUUCACACAGA